CUUGACGGUUAUGUGUUUAUAUAUUGUUUUUUUCCAAGUAAUUUUAUAUUUUUCAAAAUGAUUAAUAAAGAAGUUGAACUUAUGAUAGAUAAACUGUGUAGAUGUUGUAUGCGUGAAAAUGAAAACAUGCAUAAUAUAUUUGAAAUCAAAGGUGGGCCAGAUCCGACUGAGCCAACAAUACUGCUCUCUGAUAUGUUGGUGGCUUGUGCUUCUAUUGAGGUCACUUCUGGUGAUGGGCUCCCAAAUAACCUGUGUGAGGGCUGCGAAGAAAAGUUGAAAAAUUUAUAUGAGUUCAGGAGGCAGUGUCAGAAAUCAGACUCUGCUCUCAGAGAAUUGACGCACAUCGAUACCAAAAAUAAUGUCUCAAGGACGGAAGAGGACAUUGUAAUACAACCUGAUGUAUUGGGUGAUGUUUUCGAUGAAGAGGAUGAUUUGCCUUUGGUGAGAAGAGGUGCAAAGAGGAAACGUGGUAGACCAAAGAAAAAAGUAACGGAUAGUUUGGCUUGCACAUAUUGUAAAAAAGUAUUACAUACCAAAAAGGGACUGAGAGUCCAUUUGAGGUCGCACACAGGGGAGAAACUGAGAUAUUGUUUAUUUUGUGAUGCAAAAUAUACCCGCACAAAUCAUUUGAUCCGCCAUAUCACCACCCAUGAUAAACCAGGUUUGACACAUCCUUGCGAGAGCUGCGAUAAGGUAUAUGAUGCUGCUGCUGAUUUAUACAGGCAUUCCAAGGAACAUGAAGAUGUUGUUUCUGAUGAGAAAGACUCUUCCAGAGAACAAUCUAUCAAAAUUGAAGCUGACGAGAUCAAAACUGAAGUCGUCAACGAGGCUGAACCCACUGAAACUGCUGAAAAAACAAUUACGGCAGAUGCUUCUCAAGAAGCUGAUCAAAUGUUUCUUGAAGAUUUUCCAAUGAGUGAUGGUGAUGAUCGAGAUGAUAGCGAUGGUGAUUUUAUUUUUGAAGAAGACUUGGAUAAAGAUAAGAAGUCUUCUAAAAAGAAAAAGAAUAGCCCUAAGGUGGAUGAUAAAGCUAUAUACGAAUGCAAAGAAUGCACUAAAGUUAUGACGACAUACAUUGGUCUGAAAAUUCAUAUGCGCAGACAUACGGGUGCAGAUUUGUCUACAUGCAAGCUCUGUAAUAAGUCAUUUACGAAACAUAGCCACUUGGUGAGGCACAUGCGAACUCAUGGAGUCGUUGAUUCUGAUGAAGCAAAAGCUCUAAGAAAGAGUACAGAUUCUAAAGAUAAAAAAGUUAUGGAAUGUGAUUAUUGCGACCGUAAAUUCAAGUAUAGGAAGAGUUUUGUUCAUCACAUGCAGGUUGAACAUGGAAUGUCGGAUGUGGAUAGUGACUGUGACAAAUCCGCUAACCCAGACAAAGUGAAAGAAGAUAAGGGCGAAGCGGUUCGUGUUUCUGAAGAAAAUGAAGCAGGAGCAUCUGAUCAACCAACGGAUUCUUCUCAGAUUGUAGAGCUCAAUCACAACUUUGAACUCGCUCAACCUGUGGGAGAAGACGAAGAGAUAGAUAUCCCCGAUGCAGAAAACUUAUUCGGCAAAAAAACUCGAAGCAAGAAUCAAGUGUGUCACGUUUGCGGUGCUUCGUUUGCCAGGGUGAAUCACUUGACGCGUCACAUGACCCUGCAUAGGUCGGUGCUGGUGAAUCAGUGUGACCGAUGCGAAAAAGCAUUUGCCACCGACGAACACCUUAAAAUGCACGUGAAGGAAGAGCACAUCAACAAACCAUACGUUUGUACCGUAUGCAACAAACCUUUUAGCAGGGGAGAGCACUUGAUAAGGCAUUUGAAAGUGCACCAGAACAAUGCCGAUAAAGAUGAAAAUCUGAAAUGUUCAAUAUGUGAUUCAACAUUUACCAGAUCAGACCAUCUAGCUCGGCACACGAAAGUUCACUUGUUGCAGGACAAACGGCACGUUUGCGGGGAAUGUGGCAAGGCUUUCAAUCGCCUCGACAACUUGAAAACCCACCAAAGGACACACACGGGGGAGAAAGACACAUCGAAAUUACAUUUAUGCAUUUAUUGUGGAAAGGAAUUCAAUAAUUCCAGUAACAUGAUCGUCCAUAUGAGGCGUCAUACUGGAGAGAGGCCGUACAAAUGCACGGAGUGCGGGAAGGGUUUUCCAAGAUCCCACGAUUUGAAGUGCCACGAACGUACACAUUCUGGAGAAAAGCCUUAUUUAUGCACUUUAUGUGGAAAGUCGUUCAAUAAAAGUAAUAAGCUGUUACGUCACAGCCGUGUUCAUACAGGUGAACGCCCAUACGUCUGCAAUAUUUGCAGUCGCGCAUUCACUCAAUCCAACGAUUUAGCGCUGCACAUGCGAAGGCAUACUGGGGCUCGACCAUACGCGUGCGGAGUGUGCCCUGCUCGUUUCAUACAGUCCGGACAGUUGAAAACUCAUCGUAGGACAACAGGACACUGGAUGGAGACACAGCCCGAUCUCAAAGGAGGACACAGAGUAGAACCAGUGACGCCUGCCCAUGAACCUAUGCCUAUUAGGUUCAAAGUUCACAGAGCACUUAAAAAGGAGGAAAUUCCUGAGCCUCAAAACAUCAUCCAGCCCCAAACUCAAACCUCCACUACGGAAGACGUGUCAAUAGAUGAAAUACAUCACAGUAUCCAUACGGAACCACAACGAAUCCUCAUGGGCAUAAUGGGCAACAUCAAAAUCCCUGGCGACGAAGGCGUUCAACCUCUCAUCAUUGACGCUUCCAAGCUGGCAGAACUACAUGGAGCAGGCCUGGUCAACCUGCCUUCCGUCAUACAAACCACCAACGGGGACGAAAUCAAACUGAAAUCAGAAGUGGGAAGUUUCACGAUUUCCCAUUGCGAAAGUGAGUUGGAGAAGCAGGGAGAGAGUGCCGGAAAUUCUUAUCAGGAUGGGGUAGUGAUUUACUCGAGUGUCGGUCAUACUUCGACAACUUACACCAGUACAGAAAACUUCAACUACCAGAAUUACCACUAACGACAGUUGAGAAACUACAAGUAGUUUUCAAGUGCAUUAUUAUUUGUGUUAAGUCAAUGAGAUUCACAAUUGUGCAUUUUUAGUGGACAUGGGUUAGCAAGUGAGUGUUACUCCAUUUAAUUUAAGUUUUAAAUGUAUGGUUUUUCAAUAUUCAUUGUAUGCAACAUGGGUGGAUAGGACCAAGUUUUCAAAGACAACUGUAAUGUGGCGAAGAUUUUUUGCGUCGAUGUUUUUAUUAGAGCAUUUAGAAAGCGCUUUUGCUUUUCCACUGGAAAAAGUCAAGAAAAUUUACUGAGAAAUACGUUCGGAAAAUAUAAUUCUUAUAUUUUUUAGUGAAUAAUUAACAAUUUCUAUUUCAUUCAGUUGAAGAUUGAAAAUCUUAGGAACAAAUGAAAAAAAAAUA